GGUUGUUUAAACCAUUCGUCCCUGCGAGCGCGUGCGUGUAUGUGUGUGAGAGCGCAGGAGUGCUUUACAUCCAGCAUCCACUUCUCUGCUUUAACGGAGGACCUUUGUUGUUAUUGCUGUAUUUUCCCCGCAGUCUGCUUUCGUUUUGCUGGAGUGAGAAGGACCGAAAUGCCCGGUGUGUAAGCAGCCACCAUGGCUCACAGGAAGAGACCUGGGACGAGCAGCAGCAUGGCCGAACCCCGUGCUCGGUCUGGCCCUCCAUCCUUUGCUGCCCAAGAAAGUGAUGAGGGGACCCAGGGGGAACCUCCAGAGGGGCCCCAGAAUCCCUACUGCAAUUCCCAGGGGCCCGAUAUGACUGACAGCAGGCCAAUGACACCGGACAAUGUCCGCGAUGACCUCCGCCGCCAUCCCGACAGCAUGGAUGGGGAUUCGAGCUCUGAGUAUGUCAACAAUACAUCUGAUGAAGAGGAGGACUAUGACGAGGGGCUGCCUGAAGAGGAUGAGGGCGUGACCUACUACAUCCGGUACUGCCCCGAGGACGAUAGCUACCUUGAAGGGGUGGACUGUGGUGAAGGGGACUAUGGCAGCGUUCGCUCUGAGCAGCCCCCUGAUGCUGAUGAGUGCCAAGAGGCAGUGGAGGAGUGGGUGGAGUCUGAUGGGCACCGUGCUGUCCUGGAGCAGGAGGAGGACACACCGGGGUACGAUGGCGGCCUGGACCCGGUCUCGGAUCAUCUCCCCACCCUCCGGCAAGAGCCCCCGCCCCGGGAUGGGGAGGAGGAGGAUGAGGAGGUAGAGGGCAGCGAGGGGUACUGCCCUAAUGAGGAGGAGGAAGAAGAAGAGGAGCGUGACGGGCACAGCUAUACUGGGGACUACUACGCGCCAGCAGACAAUGGGAAUGGUGUGCAGGCGCACUCUUACCGUCCAGGAGAGGGUGGAGAUGAGGCUGAAGAAGACAUCGACCAAAUUGUGGCUGAGAUCAAGAUGAGUAUGAGCAUGGGUAGCCUCAGCAGCAGCACAGAUCAGAGCCCUGAGGAACCUGCCCCUGAGCCCACCGCCGGACCCAGCCCGGCCCCCGCCUCCUACUCACAGCAUCGUCACCACAUCCGUCCCAAGUCGCUCAACCUGCCCCCUACCAGACACAACCCCGAGAUACAGAGGGGCUUCAGGGGCCGAGCCUGCACCCCAGAGGAGCGACACCAAUGGGAGCAGGAGCAGGUUCCCAGCAGCACAGAGCAGCCCAGGAAACAACAGCGAUCAGACCUUAACGGGCCGCUGGAGAACAAUAAUGUUCUCGAGACGAAGAAGACGGCCUCCUUCCCCAGCUUUGUGGAUGUGCCAGGUCCGUGUGAACCUGAGGACCUCAUCGAUGGAAUCAUCUUUGCUGCCAACUAUCUGGGUUCCACCCAGCUGCUGUCAGAGCGCAACCCGUCAAAGAACAUCCGCAUGAUGCAGGCCCAGGAGGCCGUGAGCCGGGUCAAGAGGGUUCAGAAGGCAGCCAAAAUCAAGAAAAAGAGCCCAGAUGGUGACGCCCAGGCCCUGACAGAGGUGGACCUCUUCAUCUCGACACAGAGGAUCAAGGUGCUUAAUGCCGACACCCAGGAGACAAUGAUGGACAAUGCACUGCGCACCAUCUCUUAUAUUGCUGACAUUGGGAAUAUCGUGGUGCUCAUGGCUCGCCGGCGAAUGCCCCGCACAGCCUCGCAGGACUGCAUCGAGACAACACCUGGCGCCAGUGAGGGCAAGAAGCAGUACAAGAUGAUCUGCCAUGUAUUUGAGUCCGAGGACGCUCAGCUCAUUGCGCAGUCCAUAGGGCAGGCGUUCAGCGUGGCGUACCAGGAGUUCCUGAGGGCAAAUGGAAUCAACCCCGAGGAUCUCAGCCAGAAAGAGUACAGUGACAUCAUCAACACACAGGAGAUGUACAACGAUGAUCUCAUCCACUUCUCCAAUUCGGAAAACUGCAAAGAGCUGCAGCUGGAGAAGCACAAGGGGGAGAUCCUGGGGGUGGUUAUUGUAGAAUCGGGCUGGGGAUCCAUCCUGCCCACCGUCAUCUUGGCCAACAUGAUGAACGGCGGCCCUGCUGCACGCUCCGGCAAGCUCAGCAUCGGGGACCAAAUCAUGUCCGUCAACAACACGAGCCUGGUGGGCCUUCCCCUGGCCACCUGCCAGGGAAUCAUCAAGGGCUUGAAGAACCAGACUCAGGUGAAGCUGAACAUUGUGAGCUGCCCUCCUGUCACCACGGUUCUCAUCAAGCGACCUGACCUCAAGUAUCAGCUCGGCUUCAGCGUGCAAAAUGGCAUUAUCUGCAGUCUGAUGCGCGGAGGCAUCGCAGAGCGGGGCGGGGUACGAGUCGGUCACCGGAUCAUCGAGAUCAAUGGGCAGAGCGUAGUGGCCACCGCCCAUGAGAAGAUCGUGCAGGCCCUGUCCAACUCCGUGGGCGAGAUCCACAUGAAGACCAUGCCAGCUGCCAUGUUCAGACUCUUAACCGGCCAGGAAACCCCCAUAUACAUCUGAGCCUGGACUGCCUUUCUUUGAUUGGGAGAGCCAUAAGCCCACCCAGGGGCUCUCAGGCAUGGGACCCUUGAGGUCAAAACAAGCAGACUGACUCGUCACCCGAGAAUCUUUGCUGUCGCCAUGUCCAGCCAGCUGUCUUUUUGUUUUGGUUUGUCAUCUUCUGAAAGGAUGUCUUUAUGUCCCCUGUCAUUGACAUUAACACAUAACGGACUCUGAAAAUAAUACAGACUUUAACCUGAAAAUAGCACUAACCGCUGAGGGUCCUCUGGGCAGUUCAUACAGUCAUUGUG